UCAAUCGUGUGGUUAUUGUAUCUCCGUGUCCCUCAAGAUCCAACGAGAAGGUGCGGAUCGCCGUGUCACAUGAUUCUCACGUUUGAUGACAUUGUUGAACCGGAGUGGGGUUAUGAUUGUCUGAUGCAAGUUUCUCUCCUGAUCAACAAUGAGUGCCUCUACGUUGAUUUUAAUUCUGUGCGUUUAUUUCAUCACGCACUGUUCAUCUGAAGAUUGUAAACUUAUAAAUCCGUGUUCAUGCAAGAACUCUAAAGGAACCAUUGAUCUAAAAGCCCUGGGGAAAAAUGACGGAACGGCAGCGUAUGCCGACAAUCCGGACGGUACAGGGCACUGGUACUACUCCUACAAUCCUUGCAACGACUUCUCCGAGGGCAGUGGAGGAUGUCAAAAUGUUGCGGCCUGUCAGACGGACCAAGGCAGCUCCUACUUCAGUCUCGGCGAUCAAAAAUCGGCAAAGUUCCAGGAUGACCCGACAAGUGGACUCCAGGUAGUGUACAGCGCCACGACAGAUACUACAAGAACAUCUUAUGUAACUCUUAAAUGUGAUGAAAGUACUGAAAGUUUUACGGUUGAUGGAGAAAACCCCCCAGGGAGUGCAAAGUAUUACUUUACGCUGACCAGUAAACACUGCUGUCCAAAAGCGGGACCAGGCCCAGGCCCUGGCCCGGGGCCCGACAAUGGCGGGGAGGGACUAUCUGGAGGCAGCAUCGUUGUCAUAAUAUUUUUUGGUGUGGCAUUUUUAUACAUCUUGGUGGGUCUGAUGUUCCAAACCUUCGUACGAAAAGCAUCUGGAAGAGAGAUGGUGCCGAACUACGGUCUUUGGUCCAUACUACCGGGUCUCAUUCGGGACGGGUUCAUUCUCACAUUCACCUGUGGUCGACGGUCUGGCUACGGGAAGGUUUGAAAGACGCCUGUGUAUCUGUGCAGGAAAGGAAUCACACACGUCCAUACAAAGCUAGGCACACAACUCACACCGUGGUUCCGAAUAAUCGAUCGUUCAACAAAAUAGCUCUAACAAGUAUAUUAACAGCUACGAUGUUUCCCUUAUCCUGCAAACUUUUGAUGAACAGGCCGUCUUUAGAUUUUUAUUUUUCAUCCAGAGUGUCCCGAUUAUGGCAAGGGCGGGUAUUUCUAACAUACAGUCCUUAAUCUCUUGAUAUUCAUACCUUGUGUAAAAUUCCCAGCAUGGCCACGAGCGUGAGGGUCUUGGUUGAGGGGAAUGUAAUACAAUGACGCAGAUCAAAUGAGUGAGUGAGUAUGUUUUUACGCCGCUUUUAGCAAUAUUCCAGCAAUAUCACAGCGGGGGACACCAGAAAUGGGCUUCACACAUUGUACCCAUGUCGGGAAUCUGUUCCCCAUCAAAAGAUAAACCUUUGUUAAGUUCAGUGCAGACGUGAGUACCCACUGUUUUGACACUGAACCCUUCGUCAAGGAUACGGGUGGCCCAAUGGUCCCAGGCUCCGCAACUCGCUGUUUGGUAGCCGUGCUAAAAUCCGAUGAUUCUGAGUUCAAUUCCAGAUUCAUCCUGCUCCUAAAGUUUGGCUUUGGUUGGUUUGUUGUUUAACGCCGCACUCAGCAAUAUUCCAGCUAAAUGACGGCGGUCUGUAAAUAAUCAUGUCUGGACCAGACAAUCCAGUGAUUGAUAUCAUGAGCAUCGAUCCACGCAAUUGCUUGGCCUUUCAUAACUGUACUCGUGGAUUGCACCAAAGGUAAGGUCUAGGGUCCACUUGCACAAAGCGAUCUUAGCGCUAAGAUGAUCGUAACUCCCAUACUUUAACAUAGGCUUACAAUAGUCGUAGCGCUAAGAUCGCUUUGUGCAAGUGGGCCCUGGAGUUGCAUCAGUUCAGGCCUUCCGCGUGAUAUAACUCAUCAAUGAAAGCGUGCAGCACCAAAUUCUCCUCAAUCACUUGAUGUGUCGCCCAGACAGUUACCAUGGUUACCAUUAGUUAUUAAUGUAUCUAUUUAUGUUCAAUGUGGUACUUGUUGACGAUAUGAACUGGUAAUGAGUUAGAGGCCAACAAUACAUCAACUAUCAUUUAACAAGCACAGUGUUAUUUCCUUCCGGUCGCAUACUUAUUUCAGCCUCAUAUGUUAGAUAUGUCGAUCCCUAUUUGAAUUUCUCCAGUUGUUGCCACAGUAUUGUGUUUUUGCUUCACGUUUAUCCCAAUGCCAUCCGUAUUUAUUAUACUUAGAAAAUGUUAUCCAUCUGUACAUUUACCUUGUAGAUUGUAUUGCACGUCUGUUUCGUAAUAAAAAUCGUGUUCACCUCCA